AUGUCCACCCUCCAGGCCAAUCCCAGCUCUUUACGCCAAACUGUGAGCCUCUAUCCAUUUUGGGAGUGGCGGUUUGAGGUCUCGCACACCGACACCGUCUCCGUCCGACUCGUUUACGGUAUCGCCGAUAGAGAUGGUACCGAACUUGCCCUGAACAAGUGGUAUCGUUUCAGCGGCACCCGAUCCAAGAUUAGCACUGCUCGUGGCUGUACGAUGGAGAUUGAGGGGAGCUGCGAUCGCCAGAGGGUUGCCGAGCUGACACCAGCUACGAGCGCCUCAACAGUGCAUAUGAACUUGCACGUCCUUCUGGACCGUCUGCGUCAUGAGGCGGUGGGGGCCAAGCCUCCCACCACAGGUCCGCGUGUCAUGAUCGUUGGCCCUAACAGCGUCGGCAAGACGACAAUGGCACGAACACUUACAGCAUACGCAGUGAAGACGGGCUUCCAACCCAUCGUUGUCAACAUGAACCCGCGAGAGGGUAUGCUGCCCCUGCCUGGCACCCUCACGGCCGCGACUUUCGCGACCAUGAUGACCAUCGAGAGCGAGGGCACCGGCGCCUGGAGUGGUACCCCUACAAGUGGUCCCGCCGAGGUACAGCCAAAGCUGCCGCUCGUCUACUACUACGGCCGCGAGCACGCCACGGAUGACCUUCAGCUUUACAAAGAGGUCGCCUCAAAGCUUGCAGGCGCCGUCACCAGCCGGAUGAGCGAGGACAACGACGCCAAGACUGCAGGCCUGAUCAUCGACACACCGGGUGUCGGCUUGGUAGGAAAGUUGGGCGAUGCGGAGAUGGAAAUCAUGGCCCACGUGAUAGAGGAGUUCUCGGUGAAUGCCAUCAUCGUGCUAGGCUCGCAUGCCGGCAGUGAGGCUCUGCGGAAGCGAUUCCACGGCGAGAAGACAACGUUAGGCGAUGUGAUCAAUGUCGUGAGCCUCGACGAGAAACCCGAUGGUGUGGUGGAGAAUGACCAGGCGUGGCUGCUGGCUUGUCAACAUGCAGCAAUUAAGGAGUACUUUUACGGAGACAGCAAGACGACCCUGAGCGCCCCAAAGCAGAUGGUAGAUUUCGACAGCGUCACGAUCUACCGGGUUCCUGAUCCUACCGAUUCACCCGAGCUCCGUGGUCUCGAGAGGCUUGACCCAAGUCCAGCUCUCUCACACUGGACCAUGCCCGUCAUGAACGCCAAGGCGAAUGAGUCUCCAGAGUCCAUCCGCACGGCCUCGGUCCAGGGCUUUGUCUACAUCACCGACGUCAAUAAGGAUCGCCGCAAGAUUAGUAUUCUAGCACCCGCAAGUGGUCGUGAUCCACAGAAGCCCCUACUUCUGGGCUCUUGGCCUGAGCAGUUCAUCAAUCUCGUCGGCUGA